AUGAAGCCUUCGGGUGUAUGGGCUGCUGCUGUCGCUGCUGCUGUUGGUCUUUUCUGCUGCCUAGGUGUCUCUUCCCUGUCCAUUCGAUCUGCCUUCAGGGGUGGGCUUGUUCCUGGGCGCCGGGGACUGGCUGCUGCUGCAGCACUGCAGCAGCAGCAGCCCAGGACACUGUCCCCUGCAGCACUUCCCUUAGAAGAUGUGGGGUGUGCGUUUAUCCCCUGUGGGCGUGGGGACGUCGGGAGACGAUCCCAGGGUUGCGGGAUCGCCUCCCGCUCCAAUAACUCCCCACAGGGUGUGCUGCAGCCCUUCUCUAACUACAGCAGCAGCAGCAGCACAAGGAAGGCUAGUAGCAGUACUCUUCCUUUAAAGGCAGCUGAGGGCCCCACACAAGGGCUCCCAGGGACUGCAGAAGAAGCAGCAGACUUCGAGUCAUGGGGCCCCCAGUCCCCUGUUGAUGACUAUCCGGAUGCAUGUACAGCUCAACUCCCCUCAAAGGAGACAACUUUAGGGGCCCCCGCUGGUGUCAUUGACGUGCAUUUUGGGGCCUAUGAUGAGAGGCCUUCUCACGGAGGGGUCCCCGAGGGGGCCACGGAAGAGUAUGAGGGUUGGAGACACUUACAGCUGCCUCUCGAGACCCUUUUAUUUUUAGCUGUUGAUGCGGAGACAGACGCAAUGAGGUACCUAAAAGAGGGGGCCACGCAUAUGCUGCAGAAGGCCCACACACGAGGAGGGGGCCCCAAUAAGAAGCUAGACUUAGGGGCUGAUAUAUUAGAGUUAAGAUUAGCGCAUGCAUUAUGUACAGAAGCUGCUGCUGCUGCUGUACAGAGACGAGCAGCAGCACAAGCAACGGCCCCCCUGGGUACAGUAGGCUUCAGGGCCCUUAAGAGACAGAUUGAUGCCUUCUUUGAGGCCCUUUACCCCCGUGUUGCAGCAACAAGAUAUACCGUACAGCCGCAGCAGCAACAGCAGCAAAAGAAGCAGCAGCAGCAGCAGCAACAACAAAAACAGCAGCAGGUGCUGCGGCAGGCAGAAGACGUAUGGGAGGAGUUUAGGGGGUCCCUUUUCUCCCAUGAAGAACUGCCAGCCUUUGAGCAGCUGCCUGUUGUUAUAACAAAAGGAGACGCACCCCUUUGGGAGGUAAGGAGGGCCACUGCUUUACAGGAGGCCCCCGGGGGGCCCCAGCGCACCCGCAAGCUGCUGCUGCGGCUACCUGAACUGGCCAUCCAUGAAGCCUUGCUGCCUCCCCUGCAAACUCCCGCGGAGCAGGCAGAAGGAACAGCAGCAGCAACUGCAGCACCAGCAACAACAACAGCAGCAGGAGCUGGAGGCGGGCGCGCCUUGAGGUGGGCAAUUCUAUGCGCUAUGACCCGCUACAGGGAGUUGCUAGACCCGGAGGCAAGGGGCCUCGUACUGGAUGAAGGAGCCCCUCAGGAGGGGCCCCCAACGGGGGGCACUGAGGGUCCGCUGAGUUUUGGCCUCACUCCUGCAGGGCAAAAACGUCGUCUGCAGCUGCUGCGCACUCUGUUUGAAAACUUUAAACCAGGACCCUCUCAACCGGGAGGCCCCUAUGGGGGCCUCCGUUGGGAUCCUCGAGGGGGGCUCCGAGCGCGCAGGGCACAUCCCCUGUGGCUGCUACCCAUGGGGGCCUCCAUUCGUGCAUGGCUUGAAGCUGACUCUGAGGAUAUGAGCGGCCUAUUUCAUGCGGCGCAGCGCAGCGGUGCUGCAGGAGACAGUCGUGCUGCAGUGUCUCUUCUUGAAGCUUUUUUGCAGUCUCUUGAUGUGCAGCCUCCUGACUUAGAGGGUUUAGAGGAGGAGGAGCGUAGGGCCCAGCAAAGAGGAAUGGCGGGGCCCCUGUCUAAUAGGAUGGUUGGGGGCCCCUUUGGGGGCCCCCAUGCUGCAGAUACAACCAGUGCUGCUGCUGUCCUAGGUAUACCCUCCUUUAUAGAGGCCCUUAUUCUUGAUGGUGUUGAUGCUGCAGCAAGAGCUGCUUCUCCUCUUAUGGCGCAGCUAAAUGAACAGGCAAGGGAUCUUGCAAAAUACCUAGGCUUACCCUCUGCUCAAGGAGGCAAUCAAGAGGAAGAAGGAGACGAAGACAGCAGCCGCCACAGCAACAAGACACCCCUGGGGAGAGUAUCAAGGGCAGAGCUGCUGCAGCGACGCGAAGAGUUCUUACUGCUACUCAAUACAAUCGAGAGGAGACUCCUUGUGGCAGCAGCAGAGGCUCUCGAGGGUUCUAUAUUGGGGGGUACGGGGAUGCAUGCACGGCGGCUGUCUACUGAGCCUCAGGGCCCCCCCCCUGCAGAUUCAGAAGAAGCAUCCGUUCGUACUUUUAUCGAGGCCCAGGUCUUUAUUAGAGACUUAAUGCAUACAAUGAGGCAAACGCUUAAGCUCCCAAGGGGCCCCGGACAAGUAGGGGGCCCCAAGGGGGUCUCUGGAAGCACGACUGCAGGUGUCCCCGUGGAUACUCCUGGGGCCUCUAUUCCAUUCCCUUCUUUUGAUGACUUGCUGACUGCGCCUGAGGGGGCCCCCCAGGGAGGGGUAGAGGAAGGGGCGACUCCCGUGCUGGAUUCACCGGGGGCCCUUGCUGCUGCUGCUGCUCGUUUGUAUGCCUUUUUCCUGGUGCAUUGCUUUGAGCCGGGGGCCCUUCCUGCUGCAGUACGGCUGCGUAUAUCUAGAGGCCUCAAUACCCCUACGUCUCCCUCAUUAAAUAUUAAGAGAGAGGCACAUGAUGGCAGUCUUAGGGCAGAAUGGACAAUAUACAUUCAAGGAGACAUACAACAUAUACCCUUGCUCGCUUCUUCUCUACUGUCUUCAAUGUUUGCAAUUUAUAAAGAGACAGCUGUUGCCCCUAAGGCCUUUUUGCCUCCUGGUUUCCCCCCUUUGGAGACAGAGGAGGAGACAGGGAGUGGGUCUAUGGGGGAAGCAAAGGGAAGCAAUUCCUGCUGUCUUGCUGUAAGGAGAUGGCAAGCAAUAAGAGAGGCAGCACAAAAGAACAAAUGGCCCUUCUAUGUAGGCCUACAAGAAGGGACUCCCUUACAGCUAGCGCUAGCUGCCUCUGUGGGGACCCCACAGGGGACACCAGGAGACCCUUCUCUUGCCUUUGGACUGCCGAAACCCCUUACGGAUCUCCUCUUUGUUAAUAGUACCCCUAAAAUUUCUCUGUCCUCUCCUGAGGGAACCCCCCAGGAUGGGGGCCCCCAGGGGGGCCACCAGGAAAGGCCCCUCCUCAGCGAUCUCCGCACUGCUGUCCCCAUAGGGUCUCCCGGCAGUGUCUCUGCUGCCCUCAGUCUUACUGCAGCAGAGACACUUCAAUUGUUGCAGGCAGCAACACCAGAAGAAAGAGACAAGGCCCUCAACGCCCUAGAGAAUGCCACGGCUGAGCGAUACAAGGGGAUCGGAUCCCCGAGUCAGUUAUUGUAUCAUUUAAUAAAGGAGGGAAUAAGCAGCAAGAGGGCCCUGGCCCUCUUAAAUUCUUUAGUAAGGAGACAGCAGGUGCUGCCUGCUAGCAGCGAAGUGAAUAAGCUGAUGGCUGUCUCCUCUCCGGAGACAGCAGCGUCUCCUUUAGCUGUUCCCAGCCCCAAGGUUGAGGGGGCCCUAGCUGUCCUGGCAAAGGACUGGGGAGAAGGAAGGGUGCCGGUGUCUCCUCUAGUGCAUGCACUAUGGGCAGGAGACAGGGGAGCUGCUGCUGCUGCUGCUGCAGCGGGGGCUGUCUCCGCUGCUGCUGAACUAGGGACUAAGGGAAUAGACCCAGGAGGAGACGAGGCAUUGCUUGCAAGACAGCCCCUUAACACUUGGGCAUGGAAGCAAGCGGAGAAAAUAAGAAGAGAUGCCUUAGGGGCGGCGUUCUUGCUGCGGUGGUUGGAGGGAAGGAUGCGAGGGUUUAAUCAUUCAAGCGACUGUCUCCACACCUCCUUAACAGGUGUAGAUUUGCGUGGUAUAGUAGGGGAGGAGGCGGCCACACCGCCUCCGCCGGUGGGGGGCCCCGUUCUCGGGGAGAAGAAGGGGGCCCCCCCUCCCCCAACCCCUGCCUAUAAAGCCCUAAUGCAAGAGGGUAUUAAAUACCUAGAAGACUUACAUGUUAUUGAGCACCAGCACCAGCAUGCACAGAGGCAAUUAACCAUGAAGCAUCUCCUUAUGAAUGGGGCCCACCCUGAGGGUCUGCUGGAGGCUGCUAACCAGGUUUGUGCGGGUUUGGGGCCCCCAUCUAUGGGUAUGGGGGCAGGAGCCCCCCCGCUACCUCCACAUGCAGCAGGGCAGGGAGGGGGCCCUACCCCUCCCGCUCCUCUACGUAGCCCAGAGGGUGAGAAGGCUCAUAAGGAGGAGACAGAGAGGGCAACCCAAACGGAGACACUUCUUCAGGAGGCCCUUAGAGACCCAAAGAAAAGAAUUAUUGAUGGAGAAGAGAGACAGCAAGUGCAGAUGAUGCUGCUGAUGGGUCGUGUGUAUCAGCCAUUUACUACGUUAGGUGUAGAUACACCAGAGGGAUUAAAUGAGCAUAUAACAGCUAGACAGUUAGUCCCCUUAGCUAAGCAGUAUGCAGGGGAGCUAUCUAGGGCACCCCUAUACCCUCCCUCUGAUGAUGGUCGUCAGAGGAUCCAGACAAUAGCUAGACCCGAUCCCAUCGAUCCCAACGAUCCCAACGAUCCCCAAGGCCUAAUGUCCCUCUCGCGCUUCUUUGAGGACUCAACCUCCUUACCUGCCCUAUUAAAGGAAUCAGGGGCCCUUACUGGUCAGGAGGCAGCAGCACAGCAGCAGGCAUUAACUACAGCAGCAGCAGUAGUAGCUAAAACUGCUGCUGCUGCUCAAGGAUCUCGUACUACUACUGGUACACCUGCUACUGCAGCAGCAGGAACAGCAGGAACAGCAGCAGGAGGUCCUCGACCCAAGAUGACUGCACUACACCUUGUUGCUGCAGAGGCUGUACAAACUGUCUCCUCUGCCAGCCCCAAUCCUCACGAAUUAAGUCCUGCUGCCUUCUUAGAUGCAUUAGAGUUUGUACAAUUAGAGGCAGGGAGACACUAUGCAAGACAAGGGACAAAGGAGAUACCUAUUGUAUUAGCAGCACCAGGGGAAGAAGAAGAAGAAGCAGAGGCACAAGCAGCAGAAGCAGAAGUAGAUAAGUAUGCUGCAGAAACAGCAGCAGCAGCAGCAGCAGCAGGACAUCCUACACAUAAAGAAAUGAUUAAUAAAAAGGAGACACCUAAUAAAUAUUCUCCUCCUGCUGAUUGGAGGAAUCUCUUGUCACAAACAGAGAGUAUAAGGCCGAGGCAGUGCGACCAAGAGAGACACCCACUGUCUCCUAAGGAGACACUUGCUGUCUCCUAA